AUGCCAGGCUUGGAGCUCUACUUGGGCAGUUGUGCCAGGGGUGUGAGCUGGUGUUUAAUCCCAUCCCAAGAGCCUUUGGUCACUCUGAGGGAGGACAGGCGGGUGGCCGUGGCCCCCAGCAGAUGCAGAGGUAACUGGAGCCCGGCUGGCCCGAGCACAGCCCUAAACCCCACGCAGACGGGACGCGCUCGGGAAGAAUACGCUGCAUGUAAUUUAAUAAUCCUGGAAACAAGUCUGCAUUCUUUUUUGUCUUUGGCCCAAAGGAGAGGCCUCCACCAGCCCUGCAAAACCUCCCAGAACCUUCAUGUGCACUGGAGGAAGGGCCCAUUUCCCCGGGCUGGGGCAGCCCUGCCUCAAACAUGGCACAGAAAGUGGAGGAAAGGGCUGUCAGGACGAGAACAUGGGACUUCGGACUCUGGGUCCAGGCUGGGUCCUCCGAGGCUGUGCGGGCAGAGCUGCGUCCCCUGCUUCACCCCUUACACCACAACCCUGAGCCCCAGAUCCCGAGAGGUGCUGCAGGGAUUCUCCAGAUCCUCACACCCAGGAACGUUUGGAAGCGCCUUUCUGUGCAGUUCAUGCAUAUCGCACGCAGCGUGUGUCCACUCUCUACACCGACGUGCACCUGGACACGCUUCCGCAGUUAGUUUCAUGUGUCAUGUGCCUGGAUCUGGCUGGUGGGUGUCGGCCCAGGCAGGAAGCACUGAGGACAGGGGAGCCGUGGGCCAGCGGGCAGCUAUCGACUGUAAUCGGAUAUGCAGAGCCGCGGGAAUGGUAGCACCAUCCCGGCCCGAGUGUCCUGGGCCACGCGGGCCAGCGGUCCCCUCUUGCGGGAGUCACUGCAGAGCCUCGUGCACCGCGGCCUUCUUGUUGGCCUUCUUGUGUGGACCAGGUGGCUCCCGAUGCCAGCCCGCUCUGUGUCUGGUGGAGGAUGAGAAGGUGACCGUGAGGGCCUGUGUCCCUAGCCCCGCGGGGCCCUGCUGGAAGUCCAGGGACCGACUCUCACAGCAGCCGGUUACAACGUGCGUCCAGACCCCCGAGGCAUCGGGAGGACGCAGGCCGGAGGACUUCCUGGAAGAGGAGGCACCUCUGACGCAUCAGGGACAGGGCGGUGAGCAGGAGUUCAAGAGACCCAGUGAGGGGUUCGCAGCCUUCCAGCAGGAGGGCUGGAAUUCAGACCGCGCCGAGUCCCGCACCGGCUCCACAGCCGGCUGUGGACGGAAUCCACGGCUGGAUUCCGUGUCAGGCGGUGUCAACACCCUCAUCUUCAGAGGGGCUGAGGAGAGAGGACAGGCACCUGUCACUGUCCAUGCACCCGCCCUGGGCGUUGGGCACCGCGGCCACAGUGAGGACGAGGAAACCACCCAAGAGGGAGGUGUGCUGGGGCCCUGGGCUGAGCUGAAGCUGCAGGUCCCUUCACCCACUCACCAGCGCGGCCAGCGGAGCAGCACCAGAGCAGGGGCCCUGAUGGUCUCGGGGGCCUCGGGCACCCGCGUCUGGUGGCGGCAGCUCUGGGCGGCCCUCGGUUGCUCAGCCCUCAUUCCACGUGGCCUCAGUGCAGCCCGUGAGAGGGGCUGCUAA